CCUUUGCGGUUAAUGAUCUAAAUUUGUUAUAAUUGUAGGGAAUACUGGGCUGUUUAAUGAAAGUCACGUCAUAACUUCUAACUAAUAAUACGAAUCGAAUAGACUGGAGAAACACUUGACAUUAAGGUGAAACCUUAUAGCUGAAAUGAAGACAAAGCAAGUAAUCUUUUGGACGUGCUUGAUGAUGUUAUUCAUAUCGUUGGCCGUUAAUAGAAGUGCUGGACAAAGUCCGACAUCAAAUAUAUCAUCACGAGCAGCAGCAGAUCAAACAACAACAACAUCAACAACAACAAUAGGACCAACAACCUCAGCAAUAUUAGGAUCACCGCCAACAACAUCAACAACAACAAUAGGACCAACAACCUCAGCAAUAUUAGGAUCACCGCCAACAACAUUAACACCAACAAUAGGACCAACAACCUCAGCAAUAUUAGGAUCACCGCCAACAACAACAACAAUAGGACCAACUACGACAACAAUAUUAGGAUCCCCAUCACCUACAACAACAGUACGGCCAGCAUCUAUGUUAUCAUCAACAACAACAAAAGAACAGAAUUCAUCAACCAUAUUAGGAUCACCAAUACCACCAACAACAAUAAUAGGACCAACAACAUCUAUAAUAUCAUCAACAGCAACAACACCAAUAUCACCAAUGAUAAUAGGAUCAUCAACACCUACAUCACCUACAAUAAUAGAAUCCCCAACAACACCAAUAUCACCAACAAUAAUAGGAUCACCAACACCAACAUCACCAACAAUAAUAGGAUCACCGACAUCAACAUCACCAACAAUAAUAGGAUCACCGACACCAAUAUCACCAACAAUAAUAGAAUCCCCAACAACACCAAUAUCACCAACAAUAAUAGGAUCACCAACACCAACAUCACCAACAAUAAUAGGAUCACCGACACCAACAUCACCAACAAUAAUAGGAUCACCGACACCAAUAUCACCAACAAUAAUAGGAUCACCGACACCAACACCAAAUGCAACAGGAUCAACAACAUCAACAACAAAAGGAUCACCACCAACAUCACCAUCAAUAAUGAUAGGAACAACAGCAUCAACAAUAAUAGGACCACCAUCAUUAACAACAACAUCCACAGGAUCAACGACCUCAACGAUAAUAGGGUCGCCAUCACCACUAACAACAACAGAACCAAUAAAAUCAACAAUAAUAGAACAAACAACAUCAACAUUAAUAAUAUCGCCAUCAACAACAACAAUAGCAACAAGAUCAAAUACAAUAGCACUAACAAGAGCAACUGGAGCACCAACGACAACAAAAAGUAUACAUAAGGGAUAUCCGGAACACACCCUUUGUAAUGGACUGUGUCUCAGGAAUAUCUGGAACACACCCUUAGUAAUGGACUGUGUCUCAGGAAUAUCUGNAACACACCCUUAGUAAUGGACUGUGUCUCAGGAAUAUCUGGAACACACCCUUAGUAAUGGACUGUGUCUCAGGGAUAUCUGGAACACAUCCUUAGUAAUGGACUGUGUCUCAGGGAUAUCUGUAACACACCCUUAGUAAUUAAUGUUGAUUCAAUAAUAUUGCGUUUUGUUGUCUUUGCUUUGUUGUUUCGUUUGUUUACUGUAAUCAACAGAAUGGCAAUGCUAUGAAAUGGUCGUUUCAAUACCAGCAAGGAAAAGCCCAAGGUUCAGUCUGGAUUGUAUUUUGAUGGUGUUGCAGAUCGCAUUUUUCGGAAGAAGACAAAAAUAAAGCCAAGAUGCGCUGACAACAUUUCUGACGAAGACAGUUGUGAGAUACAAAUUUACAUUCAAUUCACAUUCAAGUUACGAACAUACAGGAGCAACGAAAGAUUGACAAGAUCAUAGGACAGUUGAAUGCCAGCCUACGCUCGAAGGGAUCUAUUGUUCAACCAACAUGGCUGCCGCUUGAAACAGGGCCAUUGCACACAGCAUCGAGUUUUCCCCUUCUCUCCUGGCUUGAGCCGAAAAUGGGACUACACUCGUCAACUGGGAAUUUUAAGUGUCAACAUUAAUCUAUUUAUUUAUUUUAUUUUAUUUUAUUUUAUUUUAUUUUUUUAAUCUUCCCAGAAGGACCUUUAAUUUUUUCAUGACGAAGUCGACAUCAAACUUCAAAAAAACUCUACUUCCGGCUUUACAAGUGCAAAACUAAACGUAAAAAAUAAAAAUCUUGGCGAGAACAGAUGCCCUGUACAUAAUCCCUGGAAAUACGUAUUUACAUCAAGUGAAGUAGAGUUAUGAAUAGGGUGUCAAAGUUCAACAUUCCCGGCGUAAACUCUAUUAUCUAUACUAAUAAAUCUUUGUGCUUCUUA